CAGUCAUUGCAAUUCCUUUCGCCCAUGCCCCGAGCCUGUGUCCCUAAUGCCAGGUUUCUCGCCCACGCGGAUUCCCCUUUGCUUCCACUCCUCGCUCCUCGAUUUUUCGCCGAAACUCCUUGCAGAAAUGUCGCGAAAGAACAACAGAUCAAGACACGCCAGGGACAAAACUCGAUAGCAUGGAAUCGGUCUCUUAGAUGCAAAGUAGCAUCUCAUAACCAUGGGAAUCUGGAUCAUGGCCCUGCCCACUGUACGAAGGAUGUAACGGUUCGGCGUCAAAGGGGAUCAACGUCCAGCUGGCUUUCUCAUGAUUCUUCCAACAAUUGCGUAUUUCGCUCUUCAUCCCAGAGCGCACUAGCUCUACGGUACGCUGACAUCUCGACUUUCGCCCGCCGACAACUGCGUUACUUCAGCGUGCAGAGGGCUGCACUGAACAGCCAGGCUACCGCAAGCCAUGACUCGGCCCACCAUCGCUAUCACCGUAGGCAUGGUGAACGCGGACCAGCCGACAAAAACGCUUCCAGUGCUGGCAUGCCUGCCACCAGAAAGCCUAGAAGGCUGGUUCAGACCUCCGAGCUGUUCCACAAAAGGCGCAUGGCAGCAUUGAAAGCAUUACACCGGCGCCUUAGACCAUUUCGUAAACUAGCGUCGCAGGUUGACUACCAAGUCACUAUGCUGGACGGCGAAUAUAGGUCUCUCAGGCGGCGGUAUUUGAACUAUUCACGCAAGAAAAACGAAUUCCUUUCGUUGGAUGGGGAAAAUGGUCGACUGGAGCAUCCCGUUUGUCGAUUGAAAGCUUUUGCCUGGCUAGACCGCCGGAAAUUUCCUAGAAUCAAGAGACGAACGCACCAGAUCUGGCUCAUGCACAAUCGACAUUGCUCCUCUUGGGCAAAAACGCUUUUCCAGGAUGUCUCGGCUGGUGACACACAGCAAGUUCUCGAGGGCUGGCGACGUUUUAAACAACACACGCGAGUGAGAAACUGGCCUUAUCUUCUAUUCUAUCUGACCCACUUCCGGCCAUUUCACGCAUUGCUUUUCAUCCGUGUUCUCACUCAACAACCUGAGUUUGACACGUCAAAGCUUGAUAUGAUCGCAGAUUCUCUAUCACACGUAUCUACUGUUCUUUCUGACCUCCCUCUACGAGACGGUGAAGAUGUGACAACUAUUGUUCCAACCUUCUAUUACUUCUUUCGCGACCAUUGCAAAUCAGCGCCCGCUAUAUUUCCCCAAAACUUUUAUUUCCGAAUUGCCAAGCUGGCCGAGACCGAAGACCUCAAACGUGUAAUGGACUUGUUACAGGAAAGAAAGGUGUUUCUCACAUUCGAGACACUUUUGCAAUUCGCGAACGCCUUCGCAAACGCUGGCGAGCAAGAAUACGCUCUACGGUGUCUCCACUCUGUCAAAUUCAGAGCGAAGAAUAAGCAGCAGGCUCAUGAAAUCGUCAACUUAGAACGGUUUCGGUGGAGUUGUGCAUUAAUGUUACGGAAAAGCUCGGACGGGGGUCGAAAUUACCACGACAUGCACAGAAUAAUCGCUGCCAUCCUGGGAAUGGGUGUCAAACUGGAUACACUGCUUUACAAUGUCAUGAUGCAGAACACCAUGGAAGCAGGGGACUACACAACUGCCUUCCAGAUAUACAACAGCCUCUCUGAUCACGGUCUAAUACCGGAUGAAUACACCUAUUCCACAAUGCUCCACGGCUGUACGACAACAGCGGAGCCUGCAAAGUUCAUCGAUUUUGCGGAGCACUGUUUUCACAAAGCAAAGGAAAUGCGCAAUCCAUGGCUUGCGGCAGAUUACCUUUACUACUAUGAUGUCUGCUCAUUUCGUGGCAUUGACCAGCCAAAAGAGCACGAUUUUGACCGACUUGUUCGAGUCUACGCACAAUUCUUCUCCAUGAGACCACUCGAACUAUUAUUCCCGCGAAGGUUCCAGCAGUAUACUGCUCGCAAUGAUGAAGAUGGAACCACGCCUUUCACGCCAAUGGAUCCUCCACCCAUGGCGCUCUACCUUCUGCUCAAUAUUAGAAUACGGAUUGACAUGCAUAUUAGCAUUCACCGCGUCCUUGAUACUUAUGAAAACGUGCGUCGAUUAGUCAGCGAAGGAACUGAUCCACACAUAAUCGCGAUGGGAGCACAAUUAGCAAUCUGGAACUCCUUCCUUCUUGCCUUUUGUCAGCAUUCGCACUUCAUAUACGCCUCACGCAUCAUCGAGGACAUGAGAGCACACAAUCCACAACCUACUCUUGUCAGCUGGACAAUCUUGAUGCAGGGCUUUUACAAAGCGAAGCAGCCCAAAGCUGCGGAACGUGUCUACGACUGGAUGCUUCGUCAUGGUAUUAAGCCGAGCCAGUACACACACAAUACCCUACUGAUAGAAUAUGCGCGCUCCCAACGUAUCGAUGAACUCAGUCAAAUUAUGACACACAUGGACGAUGAAGAGCUCGAUCCGACUGUUCUCUCUGUGUUUACCAAGAUUACUGAUCGAAGGAAGCUGGUCGAAGCGAUGAAGGAAAGCAAGCGGCGCAAAGAGGAAAAUGAGCGUAUUACAAAAGAACAGACGGACCAGAGAAAAGCUGAACGGUGGCGAUCGCUCCGUGAAUCGCAAGAUUUGGCAAUUACUGCACCAAUGGAGUUGGAUUCCGUGGUGCGACAAGAUGAUGAGAAAGAACAGGAGCAGAAGAGGGUUGCGCGGUGGCGCUCGAUGUAUGCAUCGCUUGGUUUGGGAGCGACCAGUCCUUCGAAUUUCGAGCCCUUGGUGACGCAAGACGAGGGGCAAUCUGAUCCCGAGAAUUAAGACUGGUGUGGGGUAGUGAUUUGCCUUUCGGCUGCAUAUACAUUUUCUAGUGAAGGCUCGCGUUGCAUAUUCUCCACACCUUGAUAUUCAUGGACGGACUCUUCCCGACUCUGUACUAUAUUUGUAAUUAACCUGCUUUGUUCAAAAGAUAGACGUUUCUCCUGAUCAAAUACUCAUUUGAUUCUUGUGAGCCACUUCCACAUGCUGUUCUGGGCUACAUAUGUAUGAUUGAUGGGAAUUAGUAGGGAAUUCAUGUCUGUCCAGUUUUUCGCUGAUUCCAGCUCAGAAUUUCAUUUGCUACGGCGUACUACCAGAGUGCACGAUUCUACGGUAGCUAUACGAGAGUAUUGAAGACCGCGAUUUGUCAUUCUUCCCCGGCUUCACCCAGGUAACGAUAUCGAACUCCCACCAAGAAUUAGAGUUUUCCACGCAAUCCACACUUUUGCUUAGGAACUACCGAGUUUGGUAUGUUGGGGGCGACGAGCCCUGGCGUUUGCAGGGGUACCCUAAUGGGCCAAAGUAAGAGUUCGGGCAGUACGAUCCACCUUCUUGCCGAUGAACUACUGUAUCGAGCAGAUUGAGGCAGCUCAGCUUGUUGAAAGCCCGUUUGCAUUUCCACCAGUCUUUGAUGGUUUUGCUGAGGACUUUCUACGUGCGGUGCUUUGCUUCCAGAUGCCAAGACGAUAACAAUUAGGGACGUGCAGUCCGUGAAGUGCUCGCGAACGAUCUUCACGAUUCCUGGGCUCAAGGCGGCGUAAUUCACUGUAUACUCGGAAUAGUCUGGAUCAACGUUCUCGCUGCUCUCAGCACAUCCCACCACAAAAGUCAUAUGUAGCUCAGCCUACUCGACAAAUUGACCCACGGAUUAGGAUGAACCAGCCUGACUCUGACUGCAUUGCAGCGCCAAGGAUAAGCAACCCAUGAACAUUACUGUCGGGUCACUGUUCUCGACACUUUAGCAGAUCACCUGCUCCAUAUAGCAGUUUCAACUCAGCAUGACAGUCCCGACACCCCAACGCCAAGGAUCCCAUGAUGUCUGAACAUGCAAGUGGAACACUGCUAUCCACAGCAUGAUGAGAAACUGCCUCAUCAGGUAGUUUGGAUCAUUUUCUGCGAACUGCUGCCAGGGUAGAGUUGAUUCACAGCUGGGACGCUAGGGAGACUCCGUGGUUUCUGAACGUGAAUCUUGGGACGCCGCGAUGGACGAUCUUGCGUCGAAACUUCCAUAUUGGGUAGUUUGAAAUGUCAGAGCUGCAAGCCUUGUGAAAGUCGAGUUCAUGAACGUGAAUCUGGAACUCCCGUGAUCGAUGAUCUUGAACAUUCAAUGUUCCUACUGUAUCCGGUAAGUUUAGAGCUGGGCCGUGCUCACAGCAGUUUCUGAGCAGCAGUGCGCAUAGAUCUAUGGCAGUAGC